CUUUGUUCUCCGGCAGAGAUCUACUGUUUAUAAGUCUAUCCGGAGCAGCCAUUCUCAUAUUUAGAAGUGAAUUGCUAUUAUUUUAUGGACCAAUAUUACUAUAUGGUAUUGUCGCAAGACGCGUGACGCUCCGUAUUUCUUUGAUCUCUGUUUUACUGGCGACUUUUCUCAUAAGUAUUCUAUCUUCUGGGGCCGUUGGCUUUGGCCAGAAGGCGAAGUCUUCUAUUUCAACGCUAUACUCAACAAAAGCGAUCAAUGGGACUGUGGCAUUUCAUUGGUAUUUCACGAAUGCUUUACCAAAAAUGCUAGGGUCGUCGUGCGCAUUCGUCGGUUUAUGGCUUCUCCUAGUAGUACUUCGUCUGACGAAUACCAUGCCAAAUACUAUUUCGCAUCUUCAUCUCAGGAAGUCUUGUUCACUGGAUGUGCGAGGUGUGGUUUUUGCGGCCAUUACUUUUGUAAUACUUUACUCAUUCCUGCCUCACAAAGAGCUUCGCUUCAUCAUAUACACCGUACCUAUAUUUAAUUUAGCUGCUGCCGCCAUUUGGACCGACCUUUUGUCCAAACCAUUCCUUCUCACCUGCUUGCGCUGUCAUGAUAAUACUAAUGUCCAUAUCGCACUUGAUUUAUCUAGAGAACAAGAUAGCCAGUGUGCCCCUACUCCCCAGCUCACUUCAAUCGGUAAGGCAAAAGCAUCGGCCAAACUGCGUCCUACACAAAGAAUCUUCCGCAAGCUUAUGAUUUGUUCAUGCUAUGCCCAACUGAUUGUGAAUUCAUUGGUCACAGUCUUAUUUGCUUAUGCUGCAUUAGGCAACUAUCCUGGUGGUGAAGCCAUUUCAAGACUUCACGACCUACCUCACCUGACAAAUCUAUCAGCUAUACACGUCCACGUAUGCAACUUGGCGGCACAAACGGGCGUAACCAGAUUCUUGCAUGAGCGGCCGGAUUGGAUGUAA